GUGUUUUGGUAGCGCUGCUGCCAUUUGUUUAAUUUUAAUUUUUAUGCUUAAACAAUUAUGUCGGCGCAGUACCAGAGAUUCCUGAAAGUACUUGAAAAGUGGCCAGCGGAGAAAUCAAAAAUCGGCAGCGGAGAGUGGAAAGCAGAGCCGGCGAUCAAGAUGAGCGGGGCCAAGAUAAUAUCGGGCACAGCGGUGGCCAAAUCUAUUCGCGAGGAGCUGAGCAACGAUGUGGGGGGUUUUAGAAAGCAAUUGGCAAACUUUGUGCCCGGCUUGAGGAUCGUUCAGGUAGGCGGACGUGAGGACUCCAACGUCUACAUCCGCAUGAAGAUCAAGGCGGCUACCGAGAUCGGCAUCGAUGCCGCCCACGUCCAGCUGCCCCGAUCCAUCACCGAGGUGGAACUGCUCGAUAAGAUUAACGACCUGAACGAGGAUCCGAGGGUGCAUGGUAUCAUAGUGCAAAUGCCCCUGGACUGCGACACUCCCAUAGACUCCCAUCGUAUUACGGACGCCGUUUCUCCGGAAAAGGAUGUUGAUGGUCUGCACACUGUGAACGAGGGUCGUCUGGCCAUCGGUGAUCUUGGAGGUUUCCUGCCCUGCACACCGUGGGGAUGCCUGGAGCUCAUCCGUCGCUCUGGAGUGGAGAUCGCCGGAGCAAGGGCUGUUGUCCUGGGUCGCAGCAAGAUCGUAGGCACUCCCGCCGCCGAGCUGCUUAAGUGGGCCAAUGCCACGGUCACGGUUUGCCACUCAAAGACUCGCAACCUGGAGGAGAUCACCCGAACUGCCGACAUCCUGGUGGUUGGAAUCGGCGUGGCUGAGAUGGUCAAGGGAUCGUGGAUAAAGCCAGGAGCAGUGGUCAUUGAUUGCGGCAUCAAUGUGAAGCCAGACGCCAGCAGGGCCAGUGGCACUCGGCUGGUGGGGGACGUGGACUACGAGGAGGCUCUCCAGGUGGCGGGACAUCUGACGCCCGUGCCCGGCGGCGUAGGACCCAUGACGGUGGCCAUGCUGAUGAAGAACACUGUGCGCUCGGCGGCCCGAUCCCUGGAGCGUCUGAUCAGGAGUGAGUGGGCUCUGCAACCGCUGCCCCUGAAGCCGUUGCGUCCCGUACCCAGCGACAUUGUGAUUGCCCGUGGCCAAAGGCCGAAGGACAUUGCCGUGCUGGCCAAGGAGAUCGGUCUGCAGGCGCGAGAGGUUUCCCUGUACGGCAACAAGAAGGCCAAGAUCUCUCUGUCGGUGCUGGAACGUCUGGCCGAUAAGGAGACGGGACACUAUGUUGUGGUGGCCGGCAUGACACCCACUCCCUUGGGGGAGGGCAAGACAACCACGCUGAUGGGCUUAGUUCAGGCUCUGGGAUCUCACAAGCUGAGGAACACCGUUGCUGCUCUCAGACAGCCCUCCCAGGGUCCAACUUUCGGCAUCAAGGGAGGUGCUGCUGGCGGCGGCUACUCACAGGUGAUUCCCAUGGAGGAGUUCAAUCUUCAUCUGACAGGCGACAUCCAUGCGGUGUCUGCAGCCAAUAACUUGCUGGCCGCCCAACUGGACACCCGCAUUUUCCACGAGAACACCCAAAAGGAUAAGGCCCUGUACGAUAGAUUGGUGCCCAAGGUUAAAGGUCAGCGAACUUUCAGCCCCAUUCAGCUGCGCCGCCUCAAGAAACUGGGAAUUUCCAAGACCGAUCCUGAUACUCUUACUGAAGAAGAGUACGGAUCCUUUGCUCGGCUGGACAUCGAUCCCGAGACCAUCAUGUGGGAGCGUGUUGUGGACAUCAAUGAUCGUUAUCUGCGAACCAUUACCAUUGGACAAUCACCAACCGAGAAGGGAAUCUCUAGGGAGACCCGAUUCUCCAUCUCGGUGGCCAGUGAAAUCAUGGCUGUGCUGGCGCUAUCCCGUUGCCUGGAGGACAUGAAGCAGCGAUUGGCUGAUAUGGUGGUGGCUUUUGACAAACGAGGCAAACCCGUAACCGCCGACGAUUUGGGUGUAACUGGUGCCCUAGCUGUUCUUCUCAAAGAUGCCUUGGAACCCAACCUGAUGCAGUCGCUGGAGGGAAAUCCAGUGCUGGUGCACGCUGGUCCCUUUGCCAACAUUGCUCACGGUUGCAACUCCAUCAUCGCCGAUGAAAUUGGCCUUAAGCUGGUGGGCAAGGAUGGAUUCGUCUGCACAGAGGCAGGAUUCGGUUCGGAUAUUGGCAUGGAGAAGUUCUGCAACAUCAAGUGCCGGACUUCCGGACGCAAACCGAACGCCAUGGUGCUUGUGGCCACCGUUAGGGCCAUCAAGAUGCACGGAGGCGGAGCACCCGUCACCCCCGGAGCUCCCUUAAAUAAGCAGUACACCGAGGAGAACCUGGAGCUCGUCCAGAAGGGGCUGCCAAAUCUGCUGCAGCACAUCGCCAACGGCAAGGCCUUCGGCAUGCCUGUGGUAGUGAGCCUGAAUGCUCAUUCGGCGGACACUCCGGCGGAGCACGAGUUGGUCAAGAAAGCUGCUCUGGAGGCUGGUGCCUUCGCCGCCGUGGUUUCCACCCACUGGGCGGACGGAGGAGCCGGAGCCGUGGAGCUGGCCGAUGCAGUCAUCAAGGCCUGCGAGCAGGGCAACCAGUUCCGACUGCUGUACGAUCUGGAUCUGCCGCUGGUGGACAAGAUGAACAAGAUCGCCACGACAAUGUACGGUGCUGGAAAGGUGGUGCUCUCGCCCGCGGCCGAGGAGAAAGUCAAGCGGCUGACGGAGGCGGGCUUUGGAAACCUUCCCAUCUGCAUGUCGAAAGUCUCCGGAUCUUUUACGGGCGAUGCCAAGAUCAAGGGCGCCCCCAAAGGUUUCACUCUGGACGUGGAGGAUGUGUACGUUUCUGCUGGAGCCGGCUUCGUGGUCGCCAUGUGCGGUGAGGUCACCAAAAUGCCGGGUCUUCCCACCCGUCCGGCCAUAUAUGACAUCGAUCUGAACACGGAAACCGGACAAAUCGAGGGGCUUUUUUAGACUGCGCUCUGGACAAAGGUUAUAAGGAGAAGAUUCCCGCUAAUUCCAAAAUUUACAAUUCAAAAUUUCAAAAUACUAAGAAAUUAUGCGAUUUAAAUUGUAUAUAAAUUGAUAUAGAGAUAAGGGUUACAGUUGGUAUACUAAAAUACAUUCAUGACGAUUAA